AUGGAGGAUGUGCGGCAGCUUCAAGUGAACAUCCCUCACUCAGGUCUAGUUCUCACCCCUUUGGGAAGCUCCAUCUCCAUCCCCUGCUUCGUAUCUCUCUCCUCCUCCUCCUCCUCUCCUCCAGUGGUACCUCGGGUAAAGUGGACAGUGGUGUCCGGUGGGGUAGAGACGCAGAUCUUGGUAGUACGAGGUCAGAGGGUGAAGAUCAACGAUGUGUACAAAGAUCGGGCAGCGUUGUUUAACUACACGUCCUCCCCUGACGACGUGUCCCUGUGGUUAGGAGAUCUGCGCCACAGCGACUCGGGUCAUUACCGCUGUGAGGUGCAGCAGGGGCUGGAAGAUUCCAGCGACGUGAUUCAAGUCAAAGUCAAUGGGGUCGUGUUCCACUAUCGAGAUGCUUUGGGCCGGUAUGCCUUUUCCUUUCAGCAGGCCCAGAGAGCUUGUAGGUCCAUUGGUGCACAGAUUGCAACUCCUGACCAGCUGCUGGCAGCUUAUUAUGAUGGGUACGAGCAGUGCGACGCAGGCUGGCUCGCAGAUCAAUCCGUCAGGUAUCCAAUCCAGGUCCCUCGUGAAGGUUGCUAUGGAGACAUGGAUGGGCAACCAGGAGUGAGGAACUAUGGGACAAUGAACCCAAAUGAUCUAUAUGAUGUGUACUGCUACGCCGAACAAAUAGAUGGGGAGGUGUUCCACGACUCCGUUCCACAGCGGUUAUCGUUUGAUGAGGCACGGUCUUAUUGUGGAGCUGCAGGGGCAGAACUAGCAACAACAGCACAGUUGUACUUGGCGUGGAGUGAAGGACUGGACCACUGCAGUCCUGGUUGGCUGGCUGACGGCAGCGUGCGUUACCCUAUCGUAACCCCAAGAGAGAGAUGUGGAGGCCCUCAAGCAGGCGUCAAGACUCUGUACCGCUUCAGGAACCAGACUGGUUUCCCAGAACCGUUCAGGCUUCAUGAUGUUUAUUGUUUCAAAGGAAAAAGGAAAACCUCUAGUGACUCUCCGAUGGACGGUGUGCUCACAGAAGCAGAAGACAUUGAACAAAACGUUAUACUUUUUAUGGAAACACAUCAAGAAAUUCAACUUAAUCAACAAGCAGAACAGGUGGAACGAGAGGUGCAAAGUGUACUUGAGUCUUUGCCCGUUUUGUCAAGCCCUUUCACUGUAGAAAGCCCAGUUGACACACACCCAAAGGUUACAUCCGACGUUGCAGAAUCCACCCCGAACACAUCAUCUGCACUAGACCUCCUUCAACUAGUUAAUGAAACCUCAGAAACAAGCUUGGACUCUGAGCAUCCUACUGAAGUCAUGAACACUACCAUCAGCAAAACUGAAACCUACAAUUCAACCCAGAGCACACCAUUUUCACUCGGUGUUUACAAUCAAACAGAUUUCCACCAAAACCUAAGCUUCACCGUUCUUCAGUCUGAGCUUGAGAGGACCACAUACAAACCUCACAAUGAGAACCAGACAGGGCCAGGCAUUAAUUUUGAGCAGACGACACAUCUACCUGAAGAGCAACAAGAAUUACAAAACACCAGCUUAAGUUUUGAAAAAGCACACGUCAAUUACAGUGACACAGAAAGCAACUACACUCGGGAGGAGAGCUUCUGGGAGGCAACUACGAUAACAGUUGAGCCAGUGCUUCAUGGGAAACUGGAGGAGGCAGCAGAAGACCCUGAGCAGAUGUCGCUCUCGACUCAGGCAUCUCAGGAACAAGGAACACUUUCAACACAUGUAACUCAAACUGCAGAAUCAGCCAUUGAGACUUCAACCUUACUGUGGGACUACAUAGAUGGAUCUGGAGAUUAUUCUCAAGAGAAAGACGUUGAAGCAGAAGAAGUCACCACAUCUCUUUCUUCCACUGCUGGCUUCACCACACACCAAUCACAUUCUUUGGCUAGUAGAGCUCCUGCCGAACAGACUGCAGCUCCAGAUUUUACCCUCUUACCUGGGUCACACAAAGUGGGCUCAGAAGUAUUCUCCACAUCACCACACCUAUGGGAGUCCUCCAUUUCUAGACAAGAAGGAAGUACAGGCUUAGACGCAGGAGACAUGGAAAUUGAAGAAAUACAGAUUCUCACAACGCAGUCACUAGAAUGGGUUGUUUCUAAAGUAAGUUUAACUACCACUGAGUCUCCAGAGGAACUGAACACCUCUCAGUCACCGUCUGAAUUUUCUAUGGCACAGAAUGAAACAUCUGGUUUCGUACUGUACUUUGAUUCUAGCACUUCUGCUGAAGAUGCAAGUGGAUAUGAACCUAGUACUGGUAGUUCCUCUUUUCAAGAAGAUAAUAAACUUGCUCUAGCCUUUGAAGAACAAACUACAGCUACCCCAACCCAUGAAGAGCAAGCCAAUGUUUCCCUUUUGAUGGAACAAGUUAAAGUUGCCCCAACCCAUGUCCCUGAAGAAGCAAAAGUCAUCACAACCAUUUUCCAUAAAGAAGAAACUAAUGUUCCUUUGACAUUUGAUGAAGAAACAAUGUUUACCACAACCAUAACUCCUGAAGAAGGACCUAAGGCUGUCCCAACCGUUGCCCUGGAAGAAUCGGCUAAAGUUACCCAAACCCUUGACCUUGAAGAAGGAGCUAAAGUCACUCCAACUAAAAUUGACCUAACUCUUGAUAAAGAAGACAAAACUCCUUCAUUCAUUAAACGUGAAGAUGAAUCCAGUGUCUCCCUGAUCAUUAAAGAAGUCACAGUUGUUCCAACCCAAGUACUUGAAGAAGAAGGUAAAGUUGUCCCAACCCUGGAUCUUGGUGAAGAAUCUAAAGUUGUCACAACCCUUGACUUUGCAAAAACAUCAAAAGUUGUCCCAUCUCUUGAAGAUGAAACCAAAGCUCCCUCAUCUCUAGAUUUUAAAGAAGAAGCUAAUGUUGCCCCAACUAUUGAAGAUGUCAAAUUUGCUCCAACUCUUGUCCUCAAAGAAGAUACUAAAGUUGCCCCAACCCUUGUCCUUGAAGAAGUUAAAGUUGCCCCAACCCUUGUCCUUGAAAUAGUUAAAAUUGCCUCAACUUAUGACCUUGAGGAAGCAACUAAAGUUGCCCUAUCUCUUGACUUUGAGGAAGAAGGUAGUGCUACACCAACCAUAGAAGAAGAGGUCAAAGUUGCCCCAACCCUUGUCCUUGAGGAAAUUAAAGUUGCCUCAACUUAUGACUAUGAGGAAGCAGCUAAAGUUGUCCCAACUCUUGACCUUGAGGAAGCAACUAAAGUUGCCCUAUCUCUUGACCUUGAGGAAGAAACUAGUGCAGCACCAGCCAUGGAAGAAGAGGUCAAAGUUGCCCCAACCCUUGUCCUUGAAGUAGUUAAAGUUUCCUCAACUUAUGACCUUGAGGAAGCAGCUAAAGUUGUCCCAACUCUUGGCCUUGAGGAAGCAACUAAAGUUGCCCUAUCUCUUGACCUUGAGGAAGAAACUAGUGCAACACCAGCCAUGGAAGAAGAGGUCAAAGUUGCCCCAACCCUUGUCCUUGAAGUAGUUAAAGUUUCCUCAACUUAUGACCUUGAGGAAGCAACUGAAGUUGUCCUAUCUCUUGACAUUGAGGAAGAAGCUAGUGCAGCACCAACCAUGGAAGAAGAUAUCAAAGUUGCUCCACCUUUCGUCCUUGAAGGAAGUAUUAAAGUUGCACCAACACAUACCCUUGACAAGGUUAAAGUUGCACCAACCCAUGUCCUUGAAGAAGUCAAAAUUACCUCAACCGAUGCUCUUGACAAGGUUAAAGUUGCACCAACCCAUGCCCUUGAAAAAAAUAAAGUUACCCAAACACAUGUCCUUGAAGAAAAUGAAGAAACACAUGUUACCCCAAAUUUUGUCACUGACAAAGUAAAAGUUGCCCCGACUUUUGUAACUGAAAACCUUAAUGUUGCUCCAACCUCUCAUUUUGAAAAGCAAACUAAUAUUUGGCCAGUUCAUGCUGACUUCACUGUCUCUCCGCUCGAUUCUCAAACUUCUGAAUGGGCUCUGCUGACGACCACAUAUGGACCCCAAGAGUCUCUGGAUGAUGUUGAGUUUGGUCAGAAACCCUCAGUCAAAGCAGUUUCAGAUGCACUGACAACUAAGAUGAGCACAAAACCUACUGCUGCUGCUGUAAAUACAGUCUCCCCCUCCAUAAUCACCACCCCUCACAGGUCCCAAACCAUCUGGAGCCCAACCACCACAAGACCCAAGAGCUUCCAUGAAACGAUUGAAUUACAGAAGGGGACCCAUGUCAUACCACCUGUGGAUCAUGCUUUGGUUGAUGUUGAGCUCAGCCUCACUAAGCCACCCACCCUGCUUAUCCUGCCCAAUGAGAGGGCAGCUGUAGGUGGUGCAGGGAAGCCUUCAGAUGUCUGCCUGGAUGACCCCUGUCUGAACGGAGGCACUUGCUCCGACCGAGACGGACUCAUUAAAUGUCUCUGCCUGCCAACAUACGGAGGAGAUUUCUGUCAGACUGACUUGGAGCGAUGUGAGCCAGGCUGGGAUAAAUUUCACGGUUUCUGCUAUCGACACUUCAGCCAGCGUCAGAGCUGGGAGGUCGCCGAGCAGCACUGUCGCAUGCAAGGAGCUCACCUGGCGUCCAUCAUGACCCCCGAGGAGCAGGACUACAUCAACAGUAAUUACAAGGAAUAUCAAUGGACCGGCUUGAAUGACAAAACCAUUGAGAAUGAUUUCCGCUGGUCAGAUGGAAACCCACUGCUGUAUGAGAACUGGUACCGAGGCCAGCCAGACAGCUACUUUCUCUCUGGAGAAGACUGUGUGGUGAUGGUGUGGCACGACAGCGGGCGCUGGAGCGACGUACCCUGCAACUACCACCUUGCAUACACCUGCAAGAAAGGCACCUCCUCUUGUGGUCCACCACCAAAGGUACGAAACGCUUCCAUCUUUGGGAAACCUCGACAAAGGUAUGAGACCAAGGCAGUCGUGCGUUAUCACUGCGCCGAGGGCUUCCAGCAGAGACUCAACCCUCUGAUAAAGUGUCUGUCUGAGGGUCGCUGGCAGAGACCACAGAUCCUGUGCAUCCCUGAGGCCGGAAGAACGAUGCCGCUCCCAGACGAGUUGUCGCUGACCGACAGCAAUUUUGCAGCCGCUGAAAACGAGUUGGAACCCACUAAAGAAGCACUAGAAUACUGGGACAUCAAGUUUUAA